AUGAUAUUGCCGUUGCCCAGGCUGUCUACGAUGGCCUUCACGCGUCCGACGGCAAGCGAGCCUAUCUGUCCUGGCAAAUCGGCUCCGACCUUGGUGACGCCGAUCCCACUUGGGACAAUACCACCAGCUCCUGGAAGCUCAACCCCGUCCACUGGUGGCGAGUACGUUACCAAAUUCAUCCAGCUCCUUGACAUCGACAACCUUCAGGAUCUAGACAAAGUCACUUAUAAUAAGCUCGUAGAAUGGAUGAAUACGGGACUGACCCGCUACCUGAAUUCACUCCAAACCACCGUACCCGACCUCACUGCCUUCCAGUCUUCUGGCGCCACGCUCCUCCACUACCACGGCGAAUCUGACCCUUCCGUUCCUGCAGCCUCUUCUGUUCAUUACUGGCAGUCUGUUCGUUCAACCAUGUACCCUGAUUUGACUGACGCCGAGGCCAUAGAGGCCAUGAGCGAGUGGUACCAGUUCUAUCUGAUCCCUGGUGCGGCGCACUGCGGCAUCAACUCUCUCCAGCCCGGCCCCUACCCUCAAGAUAACAUGGCUACCCUCAUUGAAUCUGGAGAUUACUCCGGCGAAGUCCAGCGACUGUGCCGGUGGCCUACCCGUCCUCUCUGGUCCGGCAACAACUCAAUUUUCGAUUACGUCAACGACGAGGCCUCGAUUGAGAGCUGGACUUACACGUUCAAUGCAUUCAAGCUCCAGCCUAUCUGGUAA